UAGAUAGAUCUAUAAAACGACUACUAUGUUUACUAUUUGUAUUGUAUAGAAUAGAUCAACUAUAGAUCUAUAAAUCUACUUCAAGUAAAGUCAGUUAAAAGCUCAGCAACGAUGAAUUUAAUAGUUUUAAUUCUGACACUACUCCUGCAUUUAACGCUAAGUGGCCCCAUUCCAAAGCUUGAAAGGACAGAUAUAGAAGUAAAAAAUCAAGAUCACAGAAUCGACAACCUGGAAAUUCACCAUGAUCAAGAUGUUGACCAAAAAGUGUUGGCCAUGGAUUCAUUACCUGACCAAACAAGCAUGGCUGAAAAAAGCCUGAUUCAUCAAGAAGUUCAUCAACAGCAGCAAGAAAAACCAGUGCUGAAAGUUCCUAAUCCAGUUGUUAAUGAAGCAGAAACAAUAGACCUUAAUCUGGAAAUGGCCAGAAAAAUUGAGAAGCUACCUAUGGAAAAACUUAUACCAGUGGACCACCUGGAUGUAGUGAAGAUGGAACAAGAUGGACAUGUCAACAAAGAUUACCACAAAGAAAUGUUUCUGGGCGGACUGCAUGAUGAGUUCAGGACGGAAGCUGUGGAUCAUGCCCAGGACAAGCUGCAAGAAAUUGUUUUCUUGGCUGACACAGAUGGUGAUGGUAGUUUGUCUAAGCUCGAGAUGGAAACAUGGAUUCUCAAAAAAAUGGCGGAGCAUUUUGAUGCUGCUACAAAAGAAAAUGACCAGAUUUUUGAACACCUUGACCCUGAUGGUGAUGGGUUCAUCAAAUGGAAAGAAUAUUAUGUCCAUUUCCUCCUUUCAAGAGGUUUUGAUGUUGAAAGUGCUUUGAACCAUGUUGUUGAUUACGAUGAUUCUGUUAAACUGGACCAAGAUGAUAAGGAUGCAUUGAUUUCCUACAAGUUUAAAUGGACUGACGCAGACCAUAAUAUAACAGACAACAAACUCAGCAAGUAUGAGUUCAUGGUGUUUAGACACCCAGAACACAGCAUGCAAUCCUUGGACACCAUGGUGAAUAACGUCAUGCGCGGAGUGGAUGCUAAUAAAGAUGGUGUAAUUUCUGAGGAGGAAUUUGCGGCACUCCCCCCAGGUGAGGUGGAAGGAAAAGAGUUUGAAGAGAUGGAUAGAAGAUGGCAGGAAGAAAGAAGAGUUGAAUUCAGGGAGAUAAUGGAUAAAAACAAUGAUGGCAAGGUGGAUUUGUUGGAACUGAAGAAUUACCUUGACCCCACUAAUCCAGUCCAGGCUAAGCUGGAGGCUGACUCUCUAAUGUCCCUGAUGGAUGAAGAUAAAAACAACCUUCUCUCUAUGGAUGAAAUCAUCAAACAUUCCGAUCUAUUUAUUGCUAGUAAGCUCAUCAAUUUUGCUGCUAAUGUACAUGAUGAAUUUUAAUGAAGAUUUUUUUUUUGUUGACAUUUUUUAGCAAUAUCAGAAAGGAAGUAAUAUUUUUCUGUAUCUUUUAUGUUAUUGAAAUCCAGUUUGUGGUGGUUAUUGCCCUUUCUGUUAUUUGGUAUUGCUUGUAUAACUAUUUCAGGAUUUUUUCUGUCAACUUAAAAAGCUUUUUAUGUUAUUUAAAAAAUUUAGCUUUAUUGAAAAACUUUCGUAAGAUGAGCCCAGUCGGUAGUUUUGUUUAUACUUAGGUGAAAUAUGUUGUGCAAGUUUUUCAAAAUGUGUAAUCAAAAAAAAUGUGAAUGCUUGAGUUUGUUGUUUUAUUUUUUAUUUAAAUUGCUCUACAGCUGAUGGGCACGAGGUGUUUUCUCUUUCAAUAAUUGUUAUUCAUUUUUCAUAUAUAUCUUUUUCUUUAAGCCCAGAUAACAAUUGUAUAACGCUUAUAAAAUGGGACGGAGUGGUCUAGCGGUAGAGAGCUGGGCUGCUAACCCGUAAGUCUCGAGUUCGAAUCCGGGUUCAAGCCAGUAGACCGUCCCUGAGUCCACCCAACUCUGAUGGGUACCUAACUCACGUUAGGGAGAGUAAAGGCGGCUGGGCAUAGUGCUGACCACACUAUCUCUUCAUAUGCCGAGGUCACAGAAACAAGUGAACUCUACUUCACGUGCCCCAUAGACCGUCAGGUUUGAAAGGGAAACUUUACUUAUAAAAGUGCAAUUUAUCGCACAAGAUUUUAUUCUUAACUCAGUUUCAUUUCUGAAACUAUUUCUUCCUAAAAAACUUGUGGUACAAUACAUUGAUGGUUUAUAUUCUAUAUUGACUCUUUCUAAUCUAUUUCCCCUAUAUUUUUAAUUUACCUUAUCUCCACAACUAUUUUGUUCUCCUGUGACUCACAAAAACAAGAGUCAAGUGCUUGUGUUCUCUUCUUGUUGUAUUGUAACUUUACCUUAUUUUAUACAUGUGCUGGUAUUGCACUAAUUAUUUUAAUAAUAGUCUAUAAAAAGUAUGGUAAUCUCCCAGUAUAGCUUCAGAAAUUAUCCGGUAAUGAUUGUUGAGUUUUGUAAACAUUAGUUACUGUAAGCCAUGGUUUAUUUGUUUGUUGAAAUAUAGUCUCGUUUUAAAUUAAUUUUAAGUUUCAACAACAUAAAGAAGCAAAAAUAAUUACAAAAUUUAAAAAGUAAAAGAAAAACUAGAAGAAUGUUUAGUAAAAGUAGAAGCAAUAAUUAGCAAAAACAUUUUAAAAUAAUUAGCAUUACAAAAUGAUUAGCAACACAGUAUUCAACAUGUAAUUAAAUUCAAUCUAGAUCUAUUCAAAUUUUUAAACAUUCUGCACUUUAAAAUAAAAUAUGGUUUAUAGUAGUUCCAGUGGAUUCCGGAACGGAAUGACAGAUGACACUGUUUUACUUUUUUUUUUACUGCUAUGCCAUUCGCAGAAUAGUAACUGACGCCAUACUGUGUGAUUACCAAAAGUACGACAAAUGAUUGUAGUAACAGAACAAUUUCUCCUGCAAUAACUUUUAUUUUCCUAUCUAAAUUCUGUUGAGCAGUUGUUACUAUAUAUAGUUCAUUAUUACUUUCUACUUCAGUUGUUUUUGUUAUCUCUCUUAUUGUAAGCUACUUAUAUCAAUUUUUUUUGUACAUGUUUUAAACUAAUUCAUUAAAUGUUGAAAACAUACUUAAUUUUCAAAUAAUUCAGUAGUUUUAUUAUAUUAGUGUGCAGGUAAAUAGAUUAGUACAUGACCAAGACUUUUAUUAAUAUAAUCUACCUUGCCAUGAUGAAUUGAAUUUAUUGAAUAAUUGGUUGACAAUUAUUAUUAAUUAAAAAUAUACUGAAUCUUUUAUAACCGAUAGUCAACAUUAUUAAGUCACAAUUGUUUAUGAAUAUGUGACAUGGCUAACAAAUCAUGCAGCUCUUCUUUUCAAAUACCUGGUAAUCAAUUACAAAUUAUGUUGGCUAUUGUAUUUAAGAGGAAUAGCUACAUAGCUGAACAAUUAAAAAAUUGUACAUUUUAGUAUUCUAAUUUUACUUUAUUUUGCUGUGUUAACUAUUUCUCCAAAUCCUUGCUGAUGAAAUGUGCAAUUGUAUAGCUUAUGUAUUAUUAUUUUUGCUUUACAGUUUUUUUUUUAUUAUUCACCUUCUGUUAGAAAAAUUAAAAUACUGUUCAAACUGUUAUCUUUUAUUUUUAAAACAUUUGAUACAUUUACUUUUUAAAAUAUUUAUACUUUGUUAAUUUAAUCAUUAUUUAUGAAUUUAUUUAUUGAUAGAAACUACUUUAUUUUUAAGAUAAACAUAUCUAAAUCAUUGUAUUAAAAUAUAAUUAAAUGGGUUUUUUUAAAUUAACUCUGCUUUCAAUAGAGCUGGUUAGUAGGUCACCAACCAGUUCUAUGGCUCAUGCAGGUUUUAUUGAGCCGUAGAACUGGUUAGUGACCUAAUUACCAGCCCUAUUCCAAAACAGUUUAACAUUGAAAUGUGCAGCAUUUGCAGAAAUACUGUAACAAUUUUUUUUUUAUAAUGGGAAAAUAUAAACAAAGUUUUAUAAAGAAUAAUAAUAAUAUGUUAAACAGAACUUGAUCUUUGAGCGUUAUUUUAACACUGCAAGUGCCUCUAUUAGAUAGCUGUUGAAUAACUUACUGUUUUAAACUCUUAUAAUAUUACUGGUAUGAAAAGAUCACCAUUAAAAGGCUCACUUCUACAAGUUAUUUAAAGCUACUGCAUAUUGUAUGAAUGUAGUUAACUAUUAAUUGGUUACCUUGAUAUUCAGAUUUGAAGCAUAUGUUUCAAUCAUUGAAAAUAUAUUACCUUAUACUAUAACAGUUCACUGUAUUGUUAGACAUAUUUAGAAUUCUAAAAUAAAUUAAAAGAAUAUAUUUUA